AUGAAAAGAACUUGUUUGGUAGCGCUCUUCUUCUUCCUUGGCUUAUUAUCUUUUGCAUUGGGACAAUACAAUAAUGCAUAUGGAGGUGCCUAUGGAUACAAUGGAGGUGCUGGUUCAAACUAUGGAGUGGCAGGUGGAAAUUACAAUCAAUAUGCACAAAAUACUCAAGCUUAUUCUAAUCAAAUAAGUGCAAUUUCCUAUAAUCCAUAUAGUAGUUAUGGUUCUUAUUAUAAUGGACCAUACAGUUAUGGUAAUAAUUAUGGUUCUGCCUAUUCAAUGCCUUAUUAUGGAGUCCCAUACUAUGGAGGAUACUAUCCAUAUAGAUAUUGGUAA